UCUUGGCCUCCGGACAAUUUGCUGCUUUAAUACGGUCCCUGAUGGAAAGGGGUUUUGCCCAGGAAGCAUGACAAUGCUGUAAUCCUUCAUUGCGGGGAAGGGAAGGGACAGUGGAAUUGGGGCGGAAAACAGAAAAGGGUGGUCCUGAGGGCGUAAAAAGCCUAUGGGAAGUGCAGGUAGCAGCAUGUUGUCCUGACAGCUGUUUCAACUUCUCAGACCUUGUCAGUUCACUGCUAUGUAGCAGGUGCAGCCUUUUCUUUUCCUGAAUCUUUACUCCAUAAAGGCAACAACAAGUCAAGGCAGUGGCUGGCCCUGGAUUAUACAAGUGCAGACACUACUAAGUGAGGUGAAACAUACAACUAGACGCAUAGGUUCGAGUGCCCACAUGAUCACCACAGCAAGGGUACCUACUGAUAAACGGAUACGAAUUGCCUUCAGUCUAAAUGAUUCCCCAGAACAACAAUCCAGUGAGAUCAGCUGGAGAAGAGAGAAGAGAGAAGAGUUACUAGCCCAAAGUCAGCCAGUGAGGGGAAUGGUGAACUUGACCCUGAGGCUUCGUGUCCUCAAGCAAUACCUUAACUACUAUGAUUCACCCCCAGAGAAUGCCUUUCCUUUGGCUUUUCCAGAUCUAGAACAGCAGCUCCAGCCCCUGCCUCCCUGCCAUGACUCAAAGGAAUCUAUGCAGGUGUUCAAACAGCACUGCCAAAUAGCAGAAGAAUACUAUGAAGUCAAAAAGGAGAUUGCACUGCUUGAAGAAAGAAAAAAAGAGUUAAUCACUAGGCUAGAUCAAGCUGAGAAAGAGAACAGGGAUGCUGCACAGUUAACGAAGGAGUAUGCAGACCUGACGGAAGAGAAUCGGACACUGAAGUUGACCCAGACACAAUGUGUGGAACAGCUGGAGAAGCUUAGAAUACAGUAUCAAAAGAGACAGGGAUCAUCAUAACCUGAAUGAACAUAUCUGGGCCAAUAAAGAAUACAAAUCUUGGGUCUGCUGGGUAAAUGGAUUUUUUUCUUUCCCUGUCUCAAAGAUUCCUUCUAAAGAGUUGAAGCACUUAAACUUGCAGACUAUACAAGCAUCUAUAUUUAAUGUAAUGCUUUCCAGCCACUAGCUAAAUAUGGAUAUUGGAUAUUUUAUUUCAAGUAGCAUAGUUAGAGGCUUAUCAGUCCCUAUUAUAUAUGCAAAUGGAUCAAGUUUCUGUUCUAAAGAUAUUUCUUUCAGUUUUAAGAAGGUUUAAGUGCAUUAGAAACUGGUGUGAGUCAUCUCUGUGUUAGAGAGAGGAUCACACUAAGACAUGUGGCAGGAAAAAUGUUAACAUGGGACAUGCUGCAGCAAUGUUGUCUUCUAAAUUUGAACUUAGAAAACUGGGAGAAAAAUCAGUCUGUUAUCUGUCAAGAUAGGCAAAAAGGCACUUAAACAUAGAAGAACAUUUAAAAGUUAGCAACAUAGUACCUAAAUCACUUUCAUCAAAUUACAGCUAAAAAAUUAUAGACAAAUUCCUUGGUAGUAACCUCCAAUGUAUUUAAUAGAAUUUUAAUUCUGAAUAGAUUUUCAUAGGAUUUCAAUAUAAAUUAACAAGGUAAUUUGUACAGUGUUUAUACAGUAAGGGGACAGGUCUAUGUUACCUGUACUACUAAACUUCUUAAAAGUAAGUCCUGUUGAUGUUAAUGGCGAUUGUUUUGAAAAUUAGUUGUAGCACAGCUAUACAACAUAGCAAUUCUUUCUAAAUGAAGGCCUGAGGAUUUACUUCUUAAUAUUUGACAUCAAAUUCAAAAUGUUACAAAAUUACUUACUAUACAUAUUUUUAGAAAUAAAGUCUACUGAAAUUGUUACCCUUUCUGUGUAUGACACCUUAAAUUUUUAAAUAGUGUACAGAGUCUUUUAGUUGUGAUUUUAUACAAGCAGUUGAGUCUAUUAACAUUUGUGCUACACACAAAGCUCAAUAUACAUUUGCAACAAUAUAUGGUUGUGAUUACACCCUAAUUAUAAACAGUACUAAAGUAAAGUAAGUAAAGUAAGAAUCAGCCUGUUUCCAAUAAAAUGCAUGUUCAAACCAAACUGGAUGAGUUCGUUCCCCAUUUCUCUUUUUUCUAAAAGUAUCUUCAGUACCACAAGGUCAUCAGGAUUAUGAUGCUGGAAGAAGUAAGGAUCACUCAUCCAACUUGUGCUCUGAAACUAUUUAUCAGACCAGGAAAAACAUGCACGUAUUUCAACAGUACAGAAAAAGAAUUAUUAUACAUUUCUAUGGGAGUAAAUUAAUAGGAAUUGCAAAAGUGAAUUGAAUCACUGGCUUUAUUCCAUCUUCCUUCUUCACAUAGUCAGACAGGGCUAAAGAUUAGCUGCUUACAGAAAGAAUUCUGAAAAUCCUUUCCCUCCUUUCUGUGCCUGCCAAACUGCCAAGAGUCUUUUCCACCAAUGAACAGUUAAGUAUGUCAACACAGCCUGUGAACCGUUUCCUUCUGAUUUGGUGCUAAAACUGAAUUAUCAAUGUGAUUUACACAAAGUAGCAUUUCAGUCAUCAUUGGAAUGGGCAGCAAACACUCACUGAAGAAAACAUUCUUGGUAAUUUUGUUCAUGGGCAUAUUAAAAGUUACGUUGCUUUAAAGCAGCAAACUUAAUCAUGUUCAUGUUUUAUUUUAUAGAAAUCUAUUGUUCUGAGCUCUAGAAACUGCAGGAAAAUAAUAUGUAUCUAAGAUACAUAUGUGUAUGACAGAUACAGAAAAAGUGUUCCAUCCUCAUAGCCUUCCAGAAUUAUAGCCUGAGGCUUAGUCCAAACCAAAAUUUGUAUAGAAAUGUAUAUGAUUCUGAAUGCACAUAACUUUAAAUCCAUUAAUAUUACUUACUUUUAAGUAUACAAGCUAGGAUCAGGAAUGUAGAAAUUAUUUAUACAAAAAAAUAGAAAACCAACACAGAAAUAUUACAGUGGUGAAUAAUUAUAUUACAUGAUUGUCUAUUGGAAUUCCAAUCCCAAACACAUCACUUGGAAGUAAAUUCAGGCUGGGAUUUUCUCUUUGGUAAUAUGUUUAGGUUUGUGAUGAAAGAAGGGUUUAGUCUUAUAUCCAUAUUUUGAUGAACUUACUAGAAGAAAUGGCUGAUCAUCAAUAAAUAUUUAAAAUGUUGCAUUUCCUCCUUUUUCUCCAGAUACCUGUUUUCCUUGAAUCAGCUAAAAUGUCUUUGUUAUACUGCCAUUCUAUUCACAUGGUAUUUUUUUCAUUAAAAAAC